CAUGUACUUGGUAUAUCUCCGGCUUUCAUACUUGAGUUUGAGGAAUGCCCGCCCUCUGUACCUCUUCUGUAGCCUUCUUCUUGCGGCUCAUUUCGCGCUAGGGAUUGCAGGUUCCGCCGAUUCGAUCUCAGAAGCCACAAACGGAAUCCUCACUUUCGGCCCACUUAUGAUCACAGCUUGUGCUGCCCUGGUCUAUAUCCCGUUUCGCUUCAGAGCUGGAAAUGUUAUACCCGCUGAAACCUCUUUGAGAAUUUCGAACCAGAUUACCCUCACUGGUAACGAGGCCGAGGUAAAUCUAAACGACGACACAGAUGGCGAUUUAGGUCUUGGAAUAGGUGUAAUGCAUACUGUGCUGGGGCCUGUUGUAUGA